AUGGCCUAUACUACUGUUGCAGGUUUUUCUAUUACUUCAAUAAGGGUGAACAACUCGGACCCACACGUAACUCGUGCUACUCUUGAGCUUAAGCAAGGUUCACAAAAGCAUUAUUUGAAACAUCAUCGAUGGAAAACAUGGCCAGAUAAAACUGUACCAAAGUCAUUGUUAGCAGUGUUCCGGAUACUGCAUCAGACAAGGAAGUCAAAAACGCCGAUCGUGGUUCAUUGUUCUGCAGGAAUCGGUAGAACUGGUUCUUUUGUGAGUGUUUCAAACUAG